AUGUUCAAGACGGCGACUUGCUUGCGCGCAGCGCGUCGCCUCUUUUCGUCUUGCGCAUCCACACGCAAUCUGGACCGCGAGCUGGACGAGCUCGCAGCCUUGAAAUUGCAGUUGACCGAGCUCCCAAAGGUGAGCGACGACAAGUUACAGAAGUCGCAAUUAGUGGACACAUUCAAGAAAUACAACCCCCAGGUCGCUACCAAGGAAGAGGAACUGCCCGGAACAGACAGGCCGCUGCCUAUCAACGCUGAGCUCAAUUACUACGCCCCUCUGAAGCACGAGGUCAAGUACGGCCAUCUCAAGGCAGAGAUCGUGUUCAAGUCCUUUGAGCCACAAAACCUCGAGUUCAUUGCAGACUUUGCGCUCCGAGUCGCGUACUAUUUGGGGCUGCCAGCCACAGGACCGCUUCCGAUGCCUAAACGAACAGAAAGAUGGACAGUGAUCAAAUCGCCGUUCGCUCACGCCAAGGUGAAAGAGAAUUUCGAAAGACACACGCAUGGACGUGUUAUAAAAAUCUGGGACUCCGACAAUGAGGUUGUCGAUGUCAUGUUGAGCGUGCUCCAGAAGCACUCCAUGUGGGGAGUCGGUAUGAAAUGCAACAUGUACGUCCAGGAGCCUCUGGGAAUGGGCAACACCAUGGCUAAGCUGCCGGACGGUGCCAAACAGGUGUCGGACCUUGCCUCGACCCUCAAAACGUUGGAGGGCGAGUCCCAGUCUCCGGUCGCCCAGAAGGUUGCAGAGCUGCUGCAGGAUCCGAUUUUCGCCCAGCACCUGGACUCCAAACAGCAAGAGACCGUGAGAGAGAAAUUGGGCAAGAGCGGAAAUUGA